AUGUGUGCUCUACAUUUACAUGGUAUUAUAGUUGCCCGAGCAUGCAAGCAAGCUUUCAAAGAUACUGAUGAACUCAUUGAUAAAUACAAGGCAAAGUUUGAGGAAUAUAGGAGAGCCUUUGACUCCAACAAUAUACACCAAAUCCAGAUUGAGUGCAUCCAGAUCAUGGACAAACUGGAACAAAUGGAAAUAGAUCUCAAGGAUAUUCCUUAUGCUGCUGGUGCUUCAUUUCAAUCCUCCAAGGCUUGCUUACCUGGUACUCGCAAGGCUCUCCUGGAUGAAAUAUCUCAGUGGAUUAUUGGGGACAAAAAAGAACAGAUCUUUCUACUUACAGGUGGUGCUGGGACUGGUAAAUCCACAGUGGCCCAUACUAUUGCAAGACAGUUCAAGGAUUUGGGCCGACUAGGUUCUCCAUUUUUCUUUGGGACAGGUGGAACGCCUCUUGAGCUCUUUGGCACCAUUGCCCGUGAUCUCUCUGCGCUUAUUCCAGAAGUGAGGGCAAGACUGUCAAAAGUUGAUACUUCAUCUCGCAAUACCCCAGAUAUUGCAGAUCAAUUCAAGUACUUUCUGCUUGAUGCCACCAGUGGACUUGAAAUUGUGGGGCCUGUGGUAAUAGUCAUUGAUGCCCUGGAUGAAAGUGGAGAUAUUCACGCCUGUAAAAGGUGUCUGGAGAUCUUGGCCAACAAUAUCCACCUUCUUCCACCCAGCUUCCGCUUUCUUCUCACUUCUCGCCCAGACCCUAAUAUCGAGAAAGCUUUGCCCCAGGCAUGCAAGAAGCAGAUGGAACGUGUUCAAGGAACUUCCAGGGAUAUCUCAGAAUAUAUUUUUGCCACCUUGAAACCCCAGGGCAAAUUAUUGGAAGGUCUCCCAACUAAUACUUGUGAAGAGCUGGCUAAACAUGCAGGAGACCUAUUUCAAUGGGCAUCUGUGGCCUGCAAUUUCAUCAAGGAGCAAGUGGAAUGGGAAGAAGCAGGAGUUCUUCCAUCACAGAAAUUCUCCCAAAUUAUUUUGAAUGCCUCCCGGAAAUCCACACAAGAUCUGAAUGGUCUUUAUAGAGAGGUCCUCAAUAGACUCUUCCCAGAGGAGAGGGAGGCAGCAUUGAGACUCUUCCACAGUUUCGUUGGGCCAAUCCUGGCAUCAUACCAAGCACUCUCAAUGAAGAGUCUGUCUAGGUUGCUCUCUGAGCCUUUGGAGAAUAUCCAAGAGGUCCUGAAAUUCAUGGGCCCAUUCUUGGAUGGUGUAGCACCUAAGAGCAACCUGCCUAUUCGACCUCUGCACCAGUCCUUCUAUGAGUUCCUGACAACCUCUGACCAAGCAGGGCGGUUCUUCAUCAACCUCAAUGCACACCAUCAGAUGUUGUUGGAAAGGUCACUGGACUUGAUUAACCAUGACCUCACCUUCAACUACUGCAGGCUCCAAACAUCUCACAAAUCCAACUUGGACCAAAAGUAUGAUGAACCAAGUGUGGAAAUCUCAUAUGCCUGUCAAUAUUUUGGAAAGCACCUAGAAGAAUUGCAGAUGCCACAAAAUUCACAAUCUGCCACCAGGACCCCACAAAUGGAUACACUGGUGCAUCAGUUCCUGACAGAGAAACUCCUUGCUUGGUUUGAAGUACUGAGCAUCUUGAGAAGGUUGGAUGUUGCAUGCCCAGCCUUGCUUCACCUGGCUAGAUGGAUGGAUUCAGAGCUUUGCAGCUUUGCAGAAGAUGCAGCUCAAUUCAUUCUCUACUUUGGAUUGCCCAUAGCAGUAUCAGCACCACACAUCUAUCUCUCAGCAAUGCCCUUUGCCCCAAGCACUUCUCUUGUUGCACAGAACUAUCAAGCAUCUCUUGUAAAAGCACUCACAGUCACAGAAGGCAAACUGAACAAGUGGCCUGCGCAGCAAAUGGCAAUCCACACUCAAUCAGUAGUUCACUCACUUGCCUUCUCCCCUGAUGGGAGGUGCAUCGCCUCUGGCUCAUGGGACAACACAGUCAGGGUGUGGAAUGCUCAGACAGGAGAGCCAGUGGGUGUUCCUCUCACAGGGCAUGAAGCUCAGGUCAAUUCUGUGGCCUUCUCCCCUGAUGGCAAGUACAUUGCCUCUGGCUCAGAUGACAAGACAAUCAGGGUCUGGAAUGCUGAGACAAGAGAGCCGGUGGUUGGACCUCUCACAGGGCAUGAAAAUUGGGUCACUUCUGUGGCCUUCUCCCCUGAUGGCAAGUACAUUGCCUCUGGCUCAUGGGACAACACAAUCAGGCUGUGGAAUGCUCAGACAGGAGAGCCAGUGGGUGAGCCUCUCACAGGGCAUGAAAAUUGGGUCACUUCUGUGGCCUUCUCCCCUGAUGGCAAGUACAUUGCCUCUGGCUCAUGGGACAACACAAUCAGGGUGUGGAAUGCUCAGACAGGAGAGCCAGUGGGUGUUCCUCUCACAGGGCAUGAAGCUCAGGUCAAUUCUGUGGCCUUCUCCCCUGAUGGCAAGUACAUUGCCUCUGGCUCACAUGACAAGACAAUCAGGGUGUGGAAUGCUGAGACAAGAGAGCCAGUGGUUGGACCUCUCACAGGGCAUGAACUUGGGGUCAGUUCUGUGGCCAUCUCCCCUGAUGGCAAAGAGCCAGUGGGUGAGCCUCUCACAGGGCACGGAGAUCUGCUCAAUUCUGUGGCCUUCUCCCCUGAUGGCAAGUACAUUGCCUCUGGCUCAGAUGACAAGACAAUCAGGGUGUGGAAUGCUCAGACAAGAGAGCCAGUGGGUGAGCCUCUCACAGGGCACGGAGAUCUGGUCAAUUCUGUGGCCUUCUCCCCUGAUGGCAAGUACAUUGCCUCUGGCUCAGAUGACAAGACAAUCAGGGUGUGGAAUGCUCAGACAAGAGAGCCAGUGGUAUUGCUGAGAACUGCUAUCCUGGAUGAGACUGGUUGGCUGAGGAGUCCCGGUGGAGAUCUCCUGCUCUGGAUCCCUCCUGUCCACCGCAAGGGUUUCCUGAGGCCAAAUGCCCUAUUUGUCAUCGGUGCACACCAAACCAGGCUGAACUUGGACAAUUUUGUGCAUGGGGAGGAUUGGGUGAAAUGUAUUGCGAAAUGA